AUGCCUGCGGACAAGCAAGUUGACGGGAAGGAUGUGGCCGAGCACAAUUCGCGGGAUAAGGGAGUCUGGAUUGUCGUUCACGGCAAAGUAUGGGACGUGACCGACUUCCUCGAUGAACACCCAGGAGGCGCCGAGAUCAUCUUGAAGUACGCCGGGAUGGACGCUACUGAGGAGUAUGAGCCGAUCCACCCCCCAGACGCAAUCAGCGACAACCUCGACCCCGACAAGAACAUCGGCACCCUCAUCCCCAACACCCUCCCCAAGCCCGCCGUCGUCUCCCCCCCACCCCCUCCCGCAUCGAUCGCGGUCCCCCAAAAGUCCACCUCGGCCUCCGCCCAGCCUGAGCCGGAAGAGUACGUCAAGCCCGACAUUGAAGAGAUGUUGAGUUUGCACGACUUUGAGGCGGUCGCAAGGCGGAUUAUGAACCGCCGGGGAUGGAAUUAUUACUCUUCGGGUGCGGACGAUGAGAUCACCAUGAGGGAGAACCACAAUGCCUACCACAGGGUAUGGUUCCGCCCUCGUAUCCUUCGGAACGUCAAGACGGUCGACUUCAGUACCAAGUUCUGGGACUUCCCAACUAGCAUGCCGGUGUACAUCACCGCUACUGCGCUUGGGAAGCUCGGACACCCCGAGGGCGAAGUCGCGCUCACUCGCGCGGCAGGCAAGGAGGACAUCAUCCAGAUGAUCCCCACACUCGCUUCGUGCUCAUUCGACGAAAUGGUCGACGCCUCGGUUCCCGGCCAAGUCCAAUUCUUGCAGCUCUACGUCAACUCUGAUCGGGCACGCACCAAGAAGAUCAUCGCGCAUGCCAAGGAACGAGGCGUCAAGGCAUUGUUCAUCACCGUUGAUGCGCCCCAGCUUGGUAGGCGAGAGAAGGACAUGCGAACCAAGUUUGAAGGCGCCGCGGCGUCGCACCAGGAGAAGGGCAAGGACACCGUGCGCCGAGACCAGGGUGCGGCUCGGGCCAUUUCGUCCUUUAUUGACCCGUCUCUCAACUGGGCGGACCUGGCGGAGCUCAAGGAGGCCGCACAGGGAAUGAAGGUGGUUCUGAAAGGUGUGCAGUGCUGGGAGGACGCGGUGAUGGCCGCCGAGGCGGGAUGUGACGGUGUCGUGUUGUCGAACCACGGUGGUCGUCAGCUCGACUUUGCCCCGUCACCUAUCGCCAUCCUCCCGUCCGUCGUGGCCGCCCUGCAGCAACGCGGGUUCAUGACCCCUCACGCUACCCGGGGCAAGUUUGAAAUCUUUAUCGAUGGUGGCGUCCGCCGCGCAACCGACGUACUCAAGGCUAUUGCGCUCGGAGCGACCGCGGUGGGUAUUGGCCGGCCGAUGAUUUACGCCAUGAGCACGUAUGGCGAGGAGGGUGUGCGCAAGCUGGUGCAGAUUCUCAGGGACGAAUUUGAGAUGAAUAUGCGCUUGAUCGGCGCGCCGACGCUCGCGGAUGUCGUGCCGGGGAUGGUGGACACUCGGGCGCUGUUCACGCCUGGACCUGAGCCUACCAUGUAUGACGCUAACUACGAGCGCAUGUUGCCCGUCGGUGUCAAGGCCAACUUGUAA